UUUCUUCAAGCGACUCCACCCUGCGCCAACGCUAUUCAAAACUUUUAAAAUAUUUUUAACAAUCUUGAUUCUUGAGCUAGUAUUCAAUAAAGAUAAUUCGUUAUCUUGUAAAAGUUGUAUGAGUGAAACAUGUGUAUAUAAUUGUUUAUUAUUACUCUUGAUUUGUAGAAACGAGUCGGAUAGUAAAGUUAUUCCUCACACUGAAGUUCUGUUAUGUUUUGAACAUUAAUUUACUGAGAAUAUAGCAGAGCAACGAUGAAAACUCGGAGUUUGGCCGGCAACUGCGGCAUCGGCGUGUUCGUGAUCGCUCUUGUGACGGUGGCCGUGGCGUUCGGCACGCCCAACUGGCUUGUCAGCGACUACAGGAUACGGGGCGCUAGAUUGGACAGGCUUGGACUAUGGAGUCACUGCUUCAGGUCUCUACCUGAUCCUCUGGACCAGUACCAGAGACGGUUUUUCGUUGGCUGCCGUUGGGUGUAUGAUCCCUUCACAACCGGAUAUGAUAGGAUUCGGGGCUACCUUCUUCCAGGUUUCAUGAUCGCAACGCAGUUCUUCUUCACGAUAUGCCUGAUCGGUGUUAUAAUAUCGACGGUGCUAGUGCUAAUAUUCUUCCUGUGCGCGGGGCCGGAACAGCGCCGUUUUAUUUUGCUAAUUAGGAGCAUAGGAUACACUAUGCUUAUAGCUGGAAUAAGUGGAUGUAUAGCAGUUAUAGUAUUCGCGUGCUUCGGCAACUCGGAUGGCUGGAUGCCAGACCAUGCUAACAAUUACCUAGGAUGGUCAUUCGGCCUUGGAGUUGUCGGUUCAGUGGCGUGCAUCGUGUGCUCAGCUCUGUUCCUUACGGAGGCCAACAUUCAGGCGAAGAAACUUAGAAGCGACUCACAUCACAUUCCAAUGCGAGUAUCCAAAUAGUCUACACGACACCACCGAGUUCACUUUGUCGAGGAUAUCUAAGUACCUAUAGUAUGUAUAUUUGUAUAAUACAUAUCAAUAGUUCCCCACACAACUGUUAUGCACAUAGUAUAAGAUGAUAUAGUUAAGUGCUAAGACAAGUUUUUUAACUUGUAGAUAAAAUGGUUUUUGAAAAUUUGUAAUUAACCUUAAUUAUAA